CUCGCCCAGUCGGGGCAGGAGGCUACCGGGCAGAGGUGGGGACUCGAGCCCGGGCGGGAGCGCCUGGCCAUGCGCCCCUUCUUCCACGGCGCGCACCUACCAGCCUGGCAGCCCCGUCACGGAGGCCGCUGGAGCAGUACCUGCCACACCCGCCACCCCGCCCGUGCUCUCGGGCCUCGGUCUGCGCGCACCAAGAGGCUGGUUGGAAAGAGAUGCAAUGGCUCAUCUUGAUUCAGAGGUGAAGGAAGAGCGUCUGCGGGAAGACCUCAAGUUUUACUUCAUGAACCCUUGUGAGAAAUUCCGAGCCCGACAACAGAUUCCGUGGAAACUGGGUCUGCAGAUUUUGAAGAUAGUCAUGGUCACCUCACAGCUUGUUCGUUUUGGUUUAAGUAACCAGCUGGUGGUUGCUUUCAAAGAAGAAAACAUUGCUGCUUUUAAACAUUUGUUUUUGAGAGGCUAUUCCGGCACAGAUGAAGAUGACUAUAGUUGCAGUGUAUUUACUCAAGAGGACACCUAUGAGAGCAUCUUUUUUGCUAUUAAUCAGUAUCAUCGUCUAGGGAACUUAUCUCUGGGGACCCUUGGUUAUGGAGAAAAAGAAGACAACAGAGUUGGCUUAAAAGUCUGCAAGCAACAUUACAAGAAAGGGACCAUGUUUCCUUCUAAUGAGACACUGAAUAUUGACAGCGACAUUGAAAUAGAUUGCAUCCACCUAGGCCUCCAGGCACUCUCCAACAACCCUCAGGACUGGAAAAACUCAUCAUUCUUCAAACUAGAAUUUUAUCGGCUCUUACAGAUUGAAAUCUCCUUUCAACUCAAAGGCAUCGACCCACAGACAAUUUAUUCCCGGGAGUUACCAGACUGCUACGUCUUUCAGAAUAUGAUUACCUUUGACAACAAAGCUCACAGUGGCAAAAUCAAAAUCUAUUUUAACAGUGACGCUAACAUUGAAGAAUGUAAAGACUUGAAUAUAUCUGGAUCUAUUCAGAGAAAUACUCAGUAUGUCCUGGUGUUUGAUGCAUUUGUCAUUGUGAUUUGCUUGGCAUCGCUCAUUCUGUGCACAAGAUCCAUUGUUCUUGCUCUAAGGUUACGAAAGAGAUUCCUAAAUUUCUUCCUGGAGAAGUACAAGCGACACGUGUGUAACACUGACCAGUGGGAGUUCGUCAAUGGAUGGUACGUCCUGGUGAUUAUCAGCGACCUGAUGACUAUAGUUGGAUCCAUAUUAAAAAUGGAAAUUAAAGCCAAGAAUCUCACAAAUUAUGAUCUGUGCAGCAUUUUGCUUGGAACGUCCACGCUCCUUGUCUGGGUUGGCGUCAUCAGAUACUUGGGUUACUUCCAAGCAUAUAACGUGCUGAUUUUAACCAUGCAAGCCUCGCUGCCGAAAGUUCUUCGCUUCUGCGCAUGUGCUGGGAUGAUCUAUCUGGGUUACACCUUCUGCGGCUGGAUUGUCUUAGGACCCUAUCACAACAAGUUCGAAAAACUGAACACAGUUGCUGAGUGUCUGUUCUCCCUGGUCAACGGUGAUGACAUGUAUGCAACCUUUGCCCACAUCCAGCAGAAGAGCCUCUUGGUGUGGCUGUUCAGUCGCCUGUAUUUAUACUCCUUCAUCAGCCUCUUUAUAUAUAUGAUUCUCAGUCUUUUCAUUGCACUUAUUACAGACUCUUAUGACACCAUUAAGAAAUACCAAAAGAAUGGGUUUCCUGCCACGGAUCUUCAGGAAUUCCUGAAGGAGUGUAGUAGCAAAGAGAAAUGUCAGCAAGAGUCAUCGGCAUUCCUGCCCCGCAUCUGCUGUCUGAGGAGGAAUGGAAGUGACGACCACUUGAUACUUGUUAACUAAAAUUCUUCUGCUGAAGAUAAUCAAGCUUCAGGUCUCCUCACGUUGACUGAAAAUGCAGAGGGACCCCGAUUUGUGUGGACCAGCACUUCCAAAAAUACUGAUUGUGGAGUGGGAAAGAGGACUGUCAGCUGGCUGAAUACACCUAAAGUUCCAAAGUUCCUUUUUAUAAACUUGGAUGAUGAA